AUGGCGAGGAUGCAAAAUCAAAGCAAUUUACAGGUAACAUUCUCAAAACGACGCGAUGGAGUCUUUAAAAAGGCGACCGAGCUCUCCACUUUGUGUGGUGCUGAUGUUGUCGUUGUAGUUUUUUCUCCUAGCAGUAAACCAUAUUCAUGUGGACACCCUUCCGUUGAGUCUAUUAUGAAUAGAUUUUUGGGAGAAAAUCCUCCGACUGAUACUGAUGCUCCUAACCCCAUCGUUAUUGCUCAACAAAAUGCAAAUACUGAUGAGAUCAAUAGGAAGAUAAACAGAUUGGAGAUUUCACUCGAAAGGGAAAAAAAAUAUGGAGAAGCACUUCAAGCAUCGAGGCCACUAGACUUACGCACAGAGGAAGAGAACGAACUUCAUAUAUCCCCUUUCUACUCAAUCCAGAAACACUUUUUCGCCCUCUCUUCGCUCUGGACAGGAGCGCUAGUGGACACGGGGAGGGAGCAGGCAUGUUCAGCGGUCUCUACCCAAGUAGCUGUUGAUCCAAAAGACCCGCAACUCGUUCAUCAUGCCGUCCUUAACAUAUUUAGCCGCUGCUCCGUCUACAACAUCAUCCACCGAAUACUGAAACCUGCUUUUGCGCUAUUGUUACUUACGAUGUCUCUUCUCUUACGCAAUUCCUGA